AUGAAAGUCAGUAUUUUAAAAUUUGUUUUUUUUUCAAUUAUUAUUUGUUUUUUUGAAUAUGCCCAAAAUGAAUUAUACUAUAUAAAUGAAAGGAACAUAUGUUUUGAAAUGAAUGUAACAAAUUUUAGGAAUAAUAGGAUAUUAGCAGAUGGAGAUAACCAAUUUAAUUUAUAUGAAUUUUAUGAAUCAACUUCGAGUGUUGAAAAUCAAUUUAAUGACAACGAUAAUGAUGACGAAAAAACGAUAUCUAUUCGAAAUACUAUAGAUUUACAUGUAAAGAAGGAUAAAAAAAGUAAGAAAUUACUUUAUUUAAAAAAUGUAAAUAAAAAAAGGAAAAAAUUAAUUCAUGAACAUCACAAAGAAAUAGAAGAAACAGAAAAAGAGAUUGAUAAUAUAAAUAAUAAUAAAUUAGCAAUAGAACCUAUAGAAAAUAAUUAUGUUUCAGAAGAAGACUUUAAACAAUUGGAAAAUGAAGGAAAUAUUGUGGUGAGUGAGGAUUAUGAGAACGAUUCAAGUAUCGAAGACGAAUUAAAUAAUAAACUAGAGUUAAACAAAAUGUUCAACGGAUUAAUGAAGAGGGUGAUGUUGUUGAAUAUGCUUUUUUUUGUGUUGUCGAUAAACGAAUGGGUUGAAAUUGUAUUUAUUAUUAUGAGUGUAGCCCUUUCAUUUGAAAUAUUUUUUAGAUUUUAUCAAUACGUUAAAUUAUAUUUUAAAGUAUAUAAAACAUCCCUCAAAAAAAAAAAAUCAAGAUAG